AUGAGAGUGAAAAAGCCAACUUCUAAAAGGGUAACAACCCGUAUGAGAGAAGGUAUAAAGAAAAAAGCUGCAGCAAAAAGAAGAAAAGAUAAAAAACUAGCCAAAAAAGAUGUAACAUGGAAAUCAAGACAUAGAAAAGAUCCAGGUAUACCUUCAAGUUUCCCAUAUAAAGAUCAAAUAAUAACAGAAUUGGAAGAGAAUAGAAGGGUAGAUAAGGAAAGAAAGGAAGAAUUAAAAUUACAAAGACAAAGAGAGAAAGAAGAAGCUUUAGCGAGAGGAGAAGAAGUAGAUGAUGAUAUUGAAGAAGAUGAUGAAGAAUUGGAGGAUGGAGAUGAUGGAGCAAAUGGUUUAGCAGCAUUAUUGGAAUCUGCGCAACAAGCUGCAAAAGAAUACAAUGGCGAAGAAGAUGAAGAGGAUGAUGAAAUGAUUGAUUCAGAAGAGGAUGUUGAAAUUCAAAUAAGUGAUGUUGAAGAUGAUGAAGAUACUGGAGACUUGGAAAAAUCAAGGAAAUCAUAUGAUAAAAUAUUCAAAAGUGUUGUAGAUGCAUCAGAUGUCAUACUAUAUGUUUUAGAUGCUAGAGAUCCAGAAGCAACUAGAUCAAAGAAAGUUGAACAAGCAGUAUUACAAAAUCCAGGUAAAAGACUUUUAUUAAUACUAAAUAAAGUUGACUUAAUACCUGCUGAAGCAUUAAAUCAAUGGCUUAACUUUUUGCAAUCAUCUUUUCCAACCAUACCAGUGAAAGCUUCACCAGGUGCUACAAAUUCCACUUCAUUUAAUAAGAAUUUAACAGGUGCAGCUACUGCUGAUUCAUUGUUAAAAGCUUUAAAAAGUUAUGCAAAUAAAUCUAAUUUAAAAAGAUCCAUUAUAGUGGGGGUGAUAGGUUAUCCAAAUGUUGGUAAAUCAUCAAUAAUUAAUGCAUUAACUAAAAGACAUAAUAAUAACUCCAAGGCUUGUCCAGUUGGAAAUCAAGCUGGUGUAACUACUUCAUUAAGAGAAGUUAAAAUAGACAAUAAAUUAAAAAUAUUAGAUUCACCUGGUAUAGUAUUUCCAGAUGAAGUUACAAACAAGAAACAAACGAAACAACAACAAUUGGCUAAAUUAACAUUACUAUCUGCGAUCCCACCUAAACUGAUAAAUGAUCCAACUACUGCUGUACAAUUACUAUUGAAGAAAUUUUCAAAUAAUGCCGAAAUGGCUGACGGAUUAAAAAAAUAUUAUGAUUUACCUCCAUUACCAUCAUCUGAUCUUAAUGAAUUUACAAAACAUUUUCUCAUACAUAUAGCUAGAACAAAAGGUAGAUUAGGAAAAGGAGGUAUACCAAAUUUAGAAUCAGCUGCUAUGUCAGUUAUAAACGAUUGGAGAGAUGGAAGACUUAUAGGAUGGACAUUACCAAAAUCAUCUAAAGCGUCAUUAACUGAAACUGUUGAUUUGAACGCUCCGAAAAGUUUAUUAAGAGGGGAAAAAGAACCACCAAAAGUUGAACAAACUACUAUUGUUAGCACAUGGGCUAAAGAAUUCGAUUUGGAUGGUUUGUUAGGGGAUAAUUUUGGUGUCGAGUAA